AUGCUUGCCAGUGUUUCUCGAAUUCGCCUGUUUCAACCUAAAUUCAGUGCGUUCACAUCCAGAACUUUUUCUUCUCGCAUGUCUUCCCUCACCACCACACAAAUUGAGGUCGUCCAAGAGGGCGACGGCAAAUCCUUUGCUAAAGUAGGUGACAAUGUCACUAUCCACUAUACCGGGACUUUGGAGAACGGAAAGAAGUUUGACUCUUCUCGUGACAGAGGCAAGCCUUUCCAAUGUAAGAUCGGAGUUGGUCAAGUCAUCAAGGGCUGGGAUACUGCCAUUCCUAAGUUGUCUGUUGGUACCAGAGCUACUUUGACAAUUCCUAGCCACGAGGCCUACGGAGAGAGAGGUUUCCCUCCAAUCAUUCCACCAAGCUCCACAUUGGUUUUUGAUGUCGAAUUGUUGCGUGUUAACUAG